AUGGAUUACGGCACGACAAACCCAGACGAAGUGAUCAAGCAUGCGCGCAUUGAUAAGACCCCGACAGUCAAAAUUUCACACUCCGACGCGCUGCGAUGCAAGUUCGAGCUCAAGGACACGACCAUGGACUUUGCCAACACGCUGCGGCGCGUCAUGUUGGCCGAGAUUCCCACCAUCGCCAUCGACCUCGUGCAGAUUGAGGAGAACAGCUCCGUGCUCGCCGACGAGUUCAUCGCUCACCGCCUGGGUCUGAUCCCUCUGAACGCCGAGGGCGUCAAGAAGCUCAAGUCGUCGCGCGACUGCGACUGCGACGAGUACUGCGACCAAUGCAGCGUCACGCUGACGCUGCACGCCAAGUGUACCGGCGAAGAGAAUAUGCAAGUAGUGGCUCGCGACCUGGUGCCCGCCGGCGACCGCCUCAACGACCACAUCGGAACCCCCGUUAUUACCGACGCCGACGGUCAAGGCCCUCUCAUCCUGAAGCUGCGCCCCGGCCAGGAAAUCAAGCUCACGUGCAUCGCCAAGAAGGGCAUUGCCAAAGAGCAUGCCAAGUGGGCGCCUUCGGCCGCCAUAGGCUACGAGUAUGAUCCGCACAACAAGUUUCACCACUUGGACAUGUGGUACGAGGAGGACCCCAAGAAGGAGUGGCCGCCGAGCGACUACGCCACGUGGGAGGACCCCCCCGAUGAGACCCAGCCCUUCCAAUUCGACGCUGAGCCCACGACCUUCUACUUCAAUGUCGAGACUGCGGGCCCUCUAGCCCCAGAGACGAUCGCUACCGAGGCCAUGGAGGUUAUGAUGAUGAAGCUGGCCGGACUGGUCAAUGAGCUCACCGCCGGCGAGGGAGGCGGCGGUGCCAACGGGCUCCAAAGCCCCGGUUUUGGUGGCGGCGGCGGCGAUGGCUGGCAAGACGGCUACACGACGCCCAGCGGCUUCGGCGCAGGAGGCGGCGGCAACCAGAGCUCUUGGGGAGGUGGUGGAGGGGUUACCCCGUAUGGUACCACGCCAUACGGGGCCAGUGGCGUGCCAAGCUGGUGA